UCAUCGUAGGCUGGCAGCCGGAGUCGGGCGGGCCGGCGCAGUGAGCAGCGUGGUCGAUCCAGUGAGUGACUGACACCCGCCGGGGGAAAAAAAGUUACUCUGACUUCGAGGACACACUGCCAACAUGUCUGGAGAUGACGAGACGCAGGAGCAGACCAUCGCCGACGACUUGGUGGUCACCAAGUAUAAGAUGGGGGCCGAGAUUGCCAAUCAGGCUUUGAAGACGAUAGUCGGGGCAGCUAUGGCUGGAGUCUCCGUGCUCAGUCUGUGUGAAAAGGGAGAUGCCUUCAUCACUGUAGAAACUGGGAAAAUCUUCAAGAAGGAAAAGGACAUGAAGAAAGGUAUCGCUUUUCCUACUUGUGUGUCAGUUAACAACUGUGUAUGCCAUCACUCUCCUCUGAAGAGUGACCCUGAUGUCAUACUGAAGGAUGGAGAUCUUGUCAAAAUUGAUCUGGGUGUGCAUGUUGAUGGCUUCAUCUCAAAUGUGGCUCACAGCCUCGUUGUUGGAGUGACCAAGGACAACCCACUGACAGGAAGGAAGGCUGAUGUUAUCAAAGCAGCUCACCUCUGUGCUGAGGCUGCUCUGCGUCUUGUUAAGCCGGGCAACCAGAACACACAGGUCACAGAAGCCUGGAACAAGAUUGCAAAGUCAUUCAAGUGCACUCCUAUCGAGGGCAUGCUGUCCCAUCAGCUCAAACAACACGUGAUUGAUGGAGAGAAAACUAUCAUCCAAAACCCAACGGACCAGCAAAAAAAGGACCAUGAGAAGGCUGAGUUUGAGGUGCAUGAGGUCUAUGCAGUGGAUGUGCUCGUCAGCACAGGAGAGGGGAAGGCAAAGGAUGGAGGUCAGAGGACCACCGUAUACAAAAGAGACCCCAACAAGGUGUACGGCUUAAAGAUGAAGACAUCACGGACGUUCUUCAGUGAGAUGGAGAGACGUUUCGACACAAUGCCGUUCACUCUGAGGGCGUUUGAGGAGGAAGGCAAAGCCAGGUUGGGCGUGGUGGAGUGUGCCAAACAUGAGCUGCUGCAGCCAUUCAAUGUGCUGCAUGAGAAAGAAGGUGAAUUUGUUGCCCAAUUCAAGUUCACCGUGCUGCUCAUGGCCAAUGGACCUCUGCGAAUCACAAACAGCCUCUUUGAGCCAGAACUCUACAAGUCUGAGCAUGAAGUGGACGACCCAGAGCUCAAGGCUCUGCUGCAGAGCUCAGCCAGCCGUAAGACUCAGAAGAAGAAGAAAAAGAAGGCUUCAAAGACUGUUGAGAGUGCAACAGGACAGGCAAUGGAGACGGAAGCUGCAGAAUAGAUUUCUCUUGACAAGACAUCUGAUGACCCAAAGAACAGACGUCACAAAUCCUUCUGUCCCAGCUGUUCGAGGCACUUGCGGCAAAUAGCCGCCAUGAAUACCUCUGAAUCUAACUGAUGUCAGUCUGGGAUGAUGCUGCUCCUAAAUUCUGUCACUCCACCUAAAACACACACACACACACACACACACACACACACACACACACACACACACGUUCGUCCCCAGUAAAUCUCAUUGUCCUUGAGACAGCCUUCUUCUCUUAGUGGACCCCAGUUCUGCUACACGAGAGGAUAUUUUGUGCAAGGGCAUUAACUCACUGGAACAUUUAACCAUUUGACUGACCUUGAGCCUUCGUCCCUUUCUCCAUGAUAACUGUAGUGAAAGAUAAGGAAAAUAAAAUGAGUUUGACAGAGCGGCCGAGGAUGAUGGAUGCACAGUACAGUGUCAGUGUAAUUGUGUGGCAUUCUGAUAACUUCCUUGAGGUCAUAAACCUAUAGCCAUGCCUUUUUGAAACAAGUGUUAACUUGUCGUGGGCACACAAGUUAUAAGCAUGACAUCAUUAGUCUUCAUUACUGUUGAAUUCAGCAUAAUUACUGCAUUUAUACUGCUCUGGCUUAGAUCCGUCUACUAGUACAUUGUGUAUACUUCUAGGCAUCUACUGUAGGUCACUCAGCUAACAAUUUCUAAAACUGACGUAAGACCUACUGUUGAGUUAUUUAACUAGUAAAAAAAAAAAAAAAAGACAUACUUCCUUUUUCUCAGUUGUGGAUGGUCUUAACUCCUGCCAAGGGUUCAGCAUUCAGUCUUCUGGUGCCACCACUGAGUCUGACAGUCUGUGUUUACAUAAGAAGUCCAUACCUGUUAGAUAUAUGGAUGCUUUUGUAAAACAAAUCCCAGUUUCAGAGACUAUUUUUGGAAACAUUAAAAAGCCACCUGACAUCA